AAUUUAUAUGUUAGAGUAAGCAGGGGCAUGCGCUUGGUCCCUAUUGAAAGCCCCAUUCACCUUUCUUGAUUGGCACCCCCUUCCCACAACAGAUGCACACACCUCCCUCUAACUGCUGCUAACCACUAGUAAGUGUAAGUCACCUCAAACAGCGUCCAUGGAACAGGCCCAGUUUACACAAAGAUACCACAGGUGAAGGUCUGAGAGAUUCAAAUAAGAUAAAGGAACUGUCGACACAGGUGCAUUUCACAAAUUGCAGACAACAUGGAUUCUUAUGCCGCAUUUAUACUGUUUUUCAUAUUUCUGCAUCUCGGAAAGACAGAACUAAUCUGUGAUGACUCUAUGGUGACACUUCCCAACGGUUUGUGUUUACAACUCCACAAAGUCAGCACAACAUGGACAAAGGCAAGGGUGGCGUGUCAGAAACAAAAUGGUUCCUUGGUGGCAAUCUCCAAUAACACGGUGGACUCUUUCAUACGGAAAUAUCUCAAUGGAAGUAAAGUAACGGCAGAUGUAUGGUUAGGGGCAAAAACUCGGAAGAGAUGGUUUUGGAAAGACGACGAUUCAGAAUUAACGUGGUUUGCCUGGGGGUUGGGAGAGCCAAACGAUGAUAACAGUGCAGAAGACUAUGUGAUGCUGUGGCAGAGAGCCGACUAUUUAUGGAAUGAUCAACACGGCGACACUAAAGAAAAUCACUUAGUCAUUUCCAAAUUUAUAUGCGAAGACACAAAUCGGCCCUGCUCCCAAAAAGAAGAAUGCGCAGAUAAAGGGCAUGGUGUUUCAAGGUGUGUCUACCACAACGCAACCUGCUUUUACCUGGAGGGCCACUACGGAAUCGGGACCAAUACCAGCCACGCAAACCAAGUAGGUACAACAUGGUCGGGUGCAGAUGCAAGCUGUAAGGGUAAAAAAAAAAGACUAGCACACAUAGAAAACUGGUCGACGCUGAAUGCUUUACGACAACGCAUUAGGGAGGAUUACAAUUUGGCGGGUAAUUACUGGAUUGGUGCAGUAUGGGAUAGAGAGCAAGGCGCCAAGUGGACCUGGGAAAAUGGGCUGCGAUGUUUCAGAGCAAAAAAUGAAAAAUAA